CAGAUUUGACCUUCAGAGAUUUGAUUGUGACGCAUUUUACUUUACCUUCUCCUUUUGCGUGUUCGGUAUCUGAUAUUCUUGGGUACGUUAGUUAGUUGUAUAUCAAGAUCGUACUAUCACUUGUUCUGAAUCACUCAGCUGUACUAAUACUGGUUGAAGACCUUGAAAACCCCUUGCUGUUAGAAUAAUAUACAAAAAUAUUAUAUGGCUAAUUUGCGAGCUUUCAUUGUCGGUAGUACUGGAGAAACAGGAAAAGCAUUAAUCAAAGCCUUAGCUAAAGAUACAAGAUACAGUUCUAUCAAAUUAAUUCAAAGGCGUAAAACAGAUGUUGAUUAUGGUUUUGAAAAUAAAGAUUCUGAAAAUCGUUUCACUCAGAUUAUUAUAGAUUUCGACCAUUUAGAUGACUACCAAGAAGUAUUUCAAGAUACUGAUGUGGGUUUUUGUGCCUUUGGGACAACCUUAAAAAAAUCAGGAAAGGAAAAAAUGAGGAUAAUCGACCAUGACUAUGUAAUUCAUAUUGCAAAGUUAAGUUCCGCUGCCGGCUGUAAAGAAUUUCAUCUUGUCAGUUCAAAAGCAGCUAAUAAAACCAGUAUCUUUUUUUAUCUUCAACUUAAAGGUGAAACAGAAUCAGAUUUAAUAUCACUUAAUUUAUUUCCUAAAUGUCUUGCAAUCUAUCGUCCAGCUACUUUAUUAUGUUCACGUGUUGAAUCAAGACUAGCUGAAAGAGCUUUUCAAAUUUUAUUGAAACCUUUCGCAUAUCUUUCACCUACAUUACUAACAACACCAAUUGAUAUCCUUGCAAAGGCUAUGGCUAAUGCUCCAUUUAGUUCAAAAUUAAAAACUGAUUUAUCUGUACAGCAAGAAAAAUCGUUACCUAAAAAUGUGCAUAUUUUUGAAAAUUCUGAUAUUUUCUUACUUGCAUCAGAAAACAAGGAUAUAUAA